GCAUACGGGAAUGGUCUGGUCCUCGAUCUGCAUGCGCGGCCAUUCCGUCCUCGUUCGAUACCGAGCGACUGGCUGGUGUUGCAGUUCUAGACAUUCUUGCUGUCCUGCACCCCCACCCACGCGAUGGCUAUCUGCAUUUUCGAGACGCGGAUCAUUCAUACAAGUGGCAGAACAAAGGCAGUGCCGGCCAUGAGUGGUGGUCGCAACUGGCCCGGCUGGACUAUGUGGCCGUGCAUAAGAUUCCAGAAUUGCGACGCGCCUUAGGUUCCGAUGGCCCCCCAGAGGCGGCCCUGCAGCAUCUUCUCACGUCUCUUGUAGUCGAUCUCGAAGCAGUUUGUUGUCGAUUGAGGGAUCUCAUAUGGACUCACCCCGGAUAUGGUCAUCUGGCAUCAAUAGUGAGUCUGACUGAUGCGGAGAUUCUGGACAAAUGGGAACGCAAUCGCCGAACGGCUGCUGCAGAGGGAACUUGGAUGCAUGCCAUGUGCGAAUGCCUUCUGAACGGCGGCAGUGUGCCAAUGGCUUCUGCAGAAAUCUGCAUGUUCAUGAAGUUCCUCAAAAAUUUGCAGGCGGAAGGUUGGAUCAUUCACCGAACUGAGUGGGCAAUAUACGCCGAAGCAGAAGAUCUAGCCGGCUCCAUUGAUGCAGUUGCUCGGCGACCAAGCAGCUGUCCCGCAAAGACGCCGGCUUCGGACGCCGACUACGCUUUCCUUUUUGAAGACAUUCCGGACGCCAUGUUGUGGCAUUAUCGCAUCCAACUCAAUAUCUAUGCCUGGAUUUUGAGACACUACUACGACUUGAUUGCAACAGAUCUGAGAAUCGUCUGUCUCCACCCCGACAACGGUUUAGCUGCUUAUGUCGUCCCAGUGCCGCUUAUGCUCGAGCACAUGAACAAGCUGAUGUCAUGGAGACGAGAUGAUCUACAGUCGUGCAUCGGCCUCACUAAGGGCCAGGUGGAUGACCUCCAGGCGGGCUGUGGUGAGUGCUUUCUUCCUCAAGCGAACGGUCAACCCACUCACCGAAUGCUGGACCAGGGCGGAAACAGGGCGGAAACCACGAAGCCGGAGGAUCAGCACGUGAUCUCAAAGCAGGAAGUCAGGAGGAUCCAUCGUUCUCUCUCAGAUGCUCGAGGAGGAAAUGGAUAUGAUGGAAGUGGAAAGCGCAACUGCUGA